GGAGCACAGGCAGGAACUGAAGAAAAAGCAUCCCAGAUUCCCAGUUAUACAGGAAAGCUACAAACACAGAGGGGAAAAAGAUAAUGUGGAUACCAGCAACUUUGAUAUCAGUGCUGGCCUGUCUUCUGAUCAUGCACUUCCUGAAACAAUGCUGGUCACACAAGAACUAUCCUCCAGGGCCUCUUCGGCUUCCUCUCAUUGGAAGCAUUUGGCGGAUAAUACCGAACUUUUCUCAGGAUACUUUCAUUAAGCUGGCAAAGCAAUACGGAAACAUUUACACGAUAUGGGCAGGGUCUUUGCCUGUGGUGGUACUGUCUGGAAUUGAAACAGUGAAAGAAGGUGUGGUCAAACAUUCAGAAUAUUUUGAUGAGCGACCAGAAACUCCUUUCUUUAAAGCCUUAGGAAAUGAAAAUGGUAUUGGACUUUCAAAUGGUCACACCUGGAAGCAACAGAGGAAGUUUGCGAUACUUAUCCUGCGGAAGCUGGGACUGGGGAAGAAGGGCAUAGAGCACAAAAUAGAAGAGGAGGCCCAUCAGCUUGUUGAGACUUUUGCACGUGCAAAGGGGCAGCCUCUUGACCCUUCAUCGCCUGUCUCUAAUUCUGUCACCAAUGUGAUCUGUUCUCUGAUUUUUGGUCAACGGUUUUCUCUCAAAGAUGAAGAAUUCAUCAAGUUGAAAGAUGCCUUAUGGAAUAUCAUACAAUUUUCAAUGACCUUCUUUCAGUUACUGUACGACACUCUUCCCUGGCUCAUGAAACAUCUCCCAGGGCCUCACAAGAAGGUAUUUGCCUCCCGUGACUUUAUAAGUUCCUUUGCAAGGAAGGAGGUAGAAAAGCAUAAGACGCAUCGGUCGCUGGUUGAGCCCCAGGAUUUCAUCGAUUACUACCUACUUCAGAUAGAGAAAAGCAAGAAAGAUCCCGACUCCUCCUACAAUGAAGAGAACCUGUCCCAGUGCAUUUGUGACUUAUUUGCUGCAGGAACAGAAACAAUCACCCAUAUACUUCUCUGGGCACUAGUCCUCAUGGCAAAUCAUCCAGAUAUCCAAGAAAAAGUCCAGAAGGAGAUAGAUGAAGUUUUGGGUUCCUCUAAGUCAUUCUCCUAUCAAAACUGGAAGAAGCUGCCCUAUACCAGUGCUGUGAUACAUGAGAUCCAACGUUUCAAAUAUAUCUUAUUGUUUGGGGUCCCCCGCCAAUGUUCAAAGGAUGUGAACAUUAUGGGGUUUCUCAUCCCUGAGGGGGCAAUAGUUAUUCCAGAUGCCCGCUGUGUUCUUUUUGAUCCGAAGCACUGGGAGACCCCUCAGGAGUUUAAUCCAAAUAAUUUUUUGGACAAGGAUGGCAAGUUUGUGGAGAAAGAAGAAUUCCUUCUAUUUGGAGCAGGGGCCCGUACAUGUAUUGGGCAGCAGUUGGCAAGGAUCGAACUCUUCAUCUUCUUCAUCAGUCUGCUGAGGUCAUUCACCUUUAAGCCACCAGAAGGAGUGAAAAAAAUCAAUGAAGAGCCUGUGUUACUAUUGGUAACCUUUCCCCAUCCUUAUACGGUCUGUGCUGUUCCCCGCAGCACUGGAUCAUCAUAACCCACAAAUAGAGAAUCUUAUUUAUUACUAUCCAUUUCAUCCUAUUAUAUUGAAAGGUCAUCUAACAUUCUACUUUAGGUAGGUAGCCAUGUUGGUCUGCAGUAGAACAACAGGAUUUUGGCCCAGUGGUAUCUUACAGACUAACACAUUUUUCAGGGUAGAAACUUUCGAGAGCUCUCUUCUUCAGAUACCCGGCACCCUAACAUUCUGCUAAUCCUUGGUGAAGCCAAAUCAUGCUGUCCUUUAGUUUCUUCAUUUGAUGAGAGCUAUUCAGAGAAGAAAGUCAGACAGAUCUAUGCUGUUGUUCUUUUUUUUCUUAUUAUCACCUAACAUAUGCAAUCCAGUUUGUUGAUUCUGCAGAAAAGAUCAAUACAGGACGCUUUCCAUAUACAAAACUAAAAGUUGCUUAUUGUAUCUAUGCACUCUUCACUGAAUAAAAUCUUUGAUAACCUUUA